AUGUCUAAAAAAGAAUUUGUGAUCAAACAAUUGUUCGAAUCUUUUGAUAACAUUCCUGAAGACAUUGGAUAUUAUUGUGAAGAUAAAGAGCAUUUUGGUAUCAAAUGGAGUAUCCUGAUCAAAAAACGACAUGGACAUUUUCAAGCAUUCCUUGUGACCAAUUUGACAAAAUCUCAAUCAAUAUCAGUGGAGUUUACUAUCAGAAUAUUCUCGAAAAAUCGAGAAACAUGUCUCGAAAGAUCUAAUGCAAACGUUUUUGGGAAUUUUAACAACGAACUACACAAUGAUUGGGGAUGGAAAAUGUUUUUGGAUUGGGAAACUUUCGAGAAGAAAUACUUGAACGAUGGAAAUUUGGAUUUGGAGGUUGAUGUGAAAAUAUUGAAGACUCAAGACAAGUUGGAGAAAAAAGUACAUUUCGAGGAAAAAUCGGGAACAGAUUUGGAAAUUGAGGAGGAGGAGCAAAUAAUAGUGGAGACUGAAAAAGAAACUGAAAAUGUGGGAAAUGAGAAAAAAAUUCGUAGAAACUUUGAAGAGAAACAAUUCUCGGAUGUUGCUCUUGUGAUUGGUGAACAAAAGUUUUAUGUUUCAAAAUUGUUCCUCUCUUCCCAAUCCCCCUACUUUGCUAAUCUCUUCUCCGAAAAUUCUGGAAAAUCGGAAAUCAAACUUUCAAAUUCAAAUCCUCAAAACUUCCAAUACUUCCUGGAACUCCUUUACGGAGAACCUGGACCAGAUGAAGAAACCGUUGAGGGAAUCUUAUCAAUUGCUGAUUUGUACAACACCCCUACUAUCAUCAAAAAAUGUGAAGAAUAUCUUUUGGAGAAAUCGACAAAAUCGUUGAAAGACAAACUGGAAAUGGCUGGAAAAUAUCAAUUGGACGCGUUGAGAAAAAGCUGCGUCUCUCGGAUUCGAACAGUAUCUGAUAUUCGUUUAGUGGCUCUGAAGAAUCCUAGAGAAAUGGACCAUUUGAUUCUUGCUGCUCUUUUUCAGAAGGUUUUAACUCUUGUUUGA